UCCUCAUGCAAUUGUCUCUCCAAACUCCAAACCUAAUUAAAAAAAACCAUGAUCCCCCAACAAUUCACCUCCUCUUCCAACCCCUCCAUCUUCCCAACCACCUUCACCUCACCACCCCUCGACCUCUCCAUACUCCACCAACUCCAAGAGCUCACCAGCAACAACUCCACCUCCGACGAGGCCGAGCUGAGCCUCCACGACGAGCGCAAGCAGAGGAGGAUGCUAUCCAACCGGGAGUCCGCCCGGAGGUCGAGGAUGCGCAAGCAGAGGCACCUCGACGAGCUGUGGUCGCAGGUCCUCCGCCUCCGCACCGACAACCACAACCUCAUCCAGAAACUCAACGACAUGGCCGAGAGCCACGACAGAGUCGUGGAAGAGAAUGCGAGGCUCAAGGAGGAAACAAAGGAUCUUCAAAAAAACCUCAUGGAUGUUCAAGUUGACAAUUCGUACUCCAUUUUUAGUGAUCUUGAUGAGCUCUCAUGCAACAGUGCUCAUCUACACAAUGAGGACUCUUCCAACCACUCCCUCACUCCUUCCACUAAUUUGCUUCAUUGACUAAUUAACUUACUUUAGUUUUGUAUUACUACUCAUGUAAUCUUGACUUUUUAAAUAAUGCUGUUAUGGACAAACUCAUUCCA